UAGAACCUUAAAGAGAAGGGUUGAUGCACAAGCGAAGCAGAGAGCAAAGUCAUGGAUUGCUUCCUACAUCUGAUUUUCUACUUUCAGCUGGUGCUCUCUGUCACUACGCUAGGUGUGGCCUCAACUAAAUCAGAUGAGAAAGACUCAUCUUUUCCCUAUGUACCUCCAGAAAGGAACUGGAUUAUUUCUUCUGGUCAUUCUUCCCUUCCAGCAACUGUUUCUCAAGAAAGGAACUGGACAAGACAAGCAGAAACUCCAUGUAAUUUUGGAUGGAACUGUUCUUGGAUUAUGUCUGCUAAUAGCUUUGGACAACCUGACUGGCUACUAUCUUCAGUUGUUGCUCUGACUUCUCAAGAAGAUCAACACAUUAUGGACAUAAUCUCAUCCAACAGAGAUCUGGAAGGGGAUAUUCUUCUCCUGAACCCUAGCAGGAUCUUGGAUAGAUGCACAUUCAGCCUCCACAGUCCAAUCCUGCCAUGGAGCUCCAGUUCAUGUCUGUUGGAGCUAGCAGUAUAUUCCCAGGGCCUCAGUCUUGGAGGCCUCUCUGCUGAAGUGCACUAUGUGGACACAAACCAAAGUAAAGCAAUUCAUCUGCAAGAAGGCCACGAGGAGGAUGUCUGGGUAAAAUGGAAAAUUCUAAUAGGCUUGAUUGGACAAAUGGAAAGGCCUUUUGAGAUUACUUUGCUGUAUUCAAGUUGUGAUGAAAAGAAUUCUGGGUUUUUGGCGCUGGGAUCAUUGCAACUUCAAAAUUGCCUUCAUGAUAAAGAUCUUUACAGCUUUGAUAAGGGAUCUCCUAUCCCCUGCCCACAUGAGGGCUGUGUCAGCUACCUAGAGGUUUGCAGUUUCUAUUCUGAUUGUCCAACCAAAGAAGAAGAUGAAUCCCUCUGUGAUAGCCUAACAGAGGGGGCACAUUGUUCUUUUGAGGAAGGUGCCUGUGGCUGGACAAUAGAUGGAAAUAUAAAUUCUUCCUGGUCUAUUAGUGAUUUUUCAAGGAUGCACGAAAACCAGAUUGGAGGAUCUGCCUUACAAGCCACUGGAGGUCAUUUUUUGUAUCUGCAUGUCAAUAGUGAACACACAGAUGGCCUUGCCCGGACAUACAGCACUGACCUUCCAGCCAUUCUUGCCAAUGGAUCCUAUAAGGUCCAAUUCUCAGCAUAUGUUUUUGGCAAUUACAAUGGCACCAUUUCAUUCACUGUACAAGAAGAUGAAGGAGCAACCAAUGGCAGUACGGCACUACAAAUAUGGGAAAAAUCAGGGAGCUGGAGUGAUCAUUGGUUUCUCAUAACUUUGGAAAUGCCAAGCCUUCAGAACAGCUUUCAUCUGGAGCUUCUCGCUAAUUGGGGUUGGAAUUCACAAGCUGAUAUUGCUGUGGACAACAUAACUUUUGGUCUGGACUGCUUCUCUAAUGGAAGAAAACAAAGCCACUCUGAUGGAGAGCAGCACUACUCAUUGGCAAUUGAUAGAUUGGAUGAGCGUCUUUUUAACCCUUUGGAAGAACCUCUUCUUUUAGGAGAAACACCUGUUAAUCUCUGGUGGUUUACAGCCUGUGGGGCUAGUGGGCCUCGAGGACCGACGCAAGCACAGUGCGAUAGUGCUUACCACAACACCAAUAUGUCCGUGACUGUGGAAAAAGAGGGACAUCUACGAGGGGUACAAAUCUGGAAAGUGCCAGUGUCAAACCGAUAUACGAUUUCAGCCUACGGAGCAUCUGGAGGGAAGGGAGCCAAGAACCACAACAAACGGUCCCAUGGGAUUUUUAUCUCAGCUAACUUCCAACUGGAAAAAGAUGAGCUCCUCUACAUGUUGGUGGGGCAACAAGGGGAAGAUGCCUGCCUAAGGAUUAACUAUCACACUAAGCAGAUUUGCCUGGGGGAAUCCUCAGAAAUUGAAGAAGAAUACAGAAAAGCGAAGGGACUGACUGAAUGGGCUGGAGGAGGGGGCGGGGGCGGAGGAGCCACCUAUGUAUUUCGACAGAAGGAUGGAGCUUUUGAACCUUUGCUUGUUGCGGCAGGGGGUGGAGGAAAGGCUUAUCUGAAGGCGCAGGAGAGCGCCCUGGACGAUGCGUUCUUGGAACAAUAUGUGAACAGCUCGGCAAUACCUGGGGUCAAUGGGAGAACUGGAGCAGCAGGUGGAGGUGGUGGUUGGGAAGAUAUUACCCAGUUUCCCUGGGCUGGAAAAUCACUUCUGGAAGGUGGAGAAGGUGGUGAGGCCUGCCAACAAGCAUUAGAGAAACUCCAGUGGGCCACUUCUGGUGGUUUUGGUGGUGGUGGAGGAGCUUGUACAUCUGGUGGAGGAGGAGGAGGCUACAAAGGUGGACAUGCUUCUGAAACAGAUGACAUUACAGCUGAUGGGCAGUAUGGGGAAUCCUUUGUAAAUCCAAUGGGGGAGAUCUUCUUGAGCCCUCUGGCAGUUAUGGAAAGUCACGGUGAAGUAGUCAUUGAAGUCUAUGUGAAUUGCAGCCAUUGUCAGUCAGGUAUCUGCAAACAAGAGCCUGGCAGUCACUUACCUGUCUGUAUUUGUUCAGCGGGGGCCAUCUUGGCUAAUGACAACGUUUCCUGCACAGUUAUCCGGGAACCCAUUCCAGAAGAGCACUUGCCUCUUCCAUUCCUCUUGACAGUGAUUGCUGUGAUUGUGGUGCUUGUUAUGAUUCUCACUUGUGGUAGCCUAUCAAUUGUUUAUCAUCGAAAGAAAAAGAUGCUAGAAGGAACCAGAGCCCAUCUGCAGAAUCCAGAUUAUAACCUAAGCAAAAUCCGUACUUCUACCAUCAUGACAGAUUAUAACCCCAAUUACAGCUUUGCAGGAAAAACGGCCAGUCUCAGUGAACUUAAAGAGAUUCCACGAAAGAAUAUUUCUCUACUUCAGGAACUUGGACAUGGGGCAUUUGGUGAAGUUUACAAAGGAACAGUAGUAGGAAUCACAGGAGAUUCCAGUCCUCUACAGGUGGCUAUCAAGACAUUGCCAGAAAUCUCCUCAGAGCAGGAUGAGAUGGAUUUCCUAAUGGAAGCACUGAUAAUCAG